AUGAAGUGCCAUAUUGAAGGAUGCCUUUCAGCUUCUGAUUUCGUUUGCAGUUGUCAAAAUUAUGCACUUGGGAUCUGCAAAGACCAUGUACUAAACCAUCUAGAAAUAGUUUCAUUUGCAGCUCAUCAGCUUAAAGCUUUUAAAAAUACUGAAUCAGAAGUCAUAAUUUUUGAGCUCGCGCAAAAAAUUGAAGAGCUUUCCCAAGAAAGAGCAAAAAUUACUACAAAUAUUUAUAACGAAAUUAAGAAUCUGAAUUUUCAAUUAAAUCAAACUGUUGAAAAAAUUAACAAAGAAAUAGGAAAGAUUGAAGAAAUUAUACAAAGCCUCAUUUUAAGCGAUCCAGUGGCAAGGAGCACUGUAAAUUUAGAUGAAAUCCGAAGAUAUUCAACACAAGAGCAUAUAAAAGAAAUAGUAGCAGCUUCUACAGAGGUAAAUAUUGACAUUCCUUGUAAUGAAUUCUCAAGUGAAGCCAUUAAGAGCAAAAUUUCUUGCUUUAAGCCAAGAUCAACAACAAUAAUUACCUAUAAUCUUGAGGAUUUUUCUCUCAGAGAAAUAAAAAUAGAAAAUUUAGAAAAUCCUCCGAAGGAUACCUCUAUGUGCUUGCUUCCUAAUGGUAAUAUAUUUUGCUAUGGAAGUAGAAAUCACGGCAUCUACUCCGGAACAACUUUUAUUAUUGAUGAAUUAUAUCAAGCUAAAUAUCUUGUCCAAGGCAUAAGCUGCACAUUUGCUGGAUUAAUUUAUUUAUCCACUUUUUGUGAAUUUUUUUUUCUCAUAUGAAGGAUGGCUAUAGAUUUUAUAUCUUUUUAAAGUUAAAUAUAAUUAAUUUAAAAAUUGAAAAAUAGCAAAUUGAUUUUAAUUAAGCAUUUAUAUUUUAAAAAUAAGAAUGCAUAAAUUUAAUAAGAUUAGUUAGAGAUUUGUUACGUUUAUAUAAUUACUGGUAACAAAUAUAUAAUCUUUUGGAAAUUUUUGCCCUAUUUUUAAUAAGGUACACUAAUGGAUUCGAGUCUGAUGCGCCGAACUGCAUUCCAUAUGCUGAAACAUGUAGAUUCCACAUAUGGAAGGCAUCUUGACACGUCAAAUUCGAAUCAAUAAAUGUCCAUUUUUUAAAAAUUGGUCAAAAUUUCUAAAUGACUGGAAAAUAAAAAAAAUUAUUUUUUUUGCUAACAAAUGUGUGAUGAUUUUUUUGCUGAUGGAGGAGUGUUAGAUAAAUUUGUGUAUGCUUUUGGAGGUAAUAAUGGGUAUGAUAUGGAAAAUGUUCAAAAAUAUGAUUUAAUUAAAAACGAAUGAGUGAGUUUAAAACCCUUAGAAAUUCCAACAGCUUAUAUUACUUGUGCUAGCUAUUUCAAUUUUAUUUAUUAUUCCGGCGCAGGCAUACCAGGGGUUUAUCAAUAUGAUAUAUCUGAAAAUUGCCAUCAAAAUGUGCUUCCACUUAAAGAUAGAAGCAAAAAAACUAUAUUCAAAGGAAAUGGGAGAAUUUAUGUCUAUGAAAAACCAGGAUUUCUUUAUGAACAGAAUCCUGAAGAAGAUAUGGAUCACUGGACACAAAUUAGAAAAAGUGAUAGGCAGGAUUUAAAAAUUUUAAGCUACGGAGUUGAGUUUGGAAACUCAGUUUAUUUUAUUUUAAAGAGAAAUAAACUCUUCAGGUUUGACUUAGCGAGAAAAGUAAUUUUAGAAGAGGAUCGGAAAACACAAUAA